AUGGCGCAACAAGGAGGCACAUGUCGAGACCCAUCAGAAGCAGUCGUCAAAAGACUCGAUUCUGCGGCCUCGUCAUCACGACAAGACCAGAGAGAGAAGUCCGAUGACGAGGGAUGGGAGGUCGUGGCCAAACCGGGAAACGAGCAAAAGUCUCAUGGUACAGGGUUCUCGAGCAGUUUCGACCUGCAGCUCGGCUGGGGAAGCUGGAGGACUUCCGUCCUCAGCUGGGAUGUGAACGUCAGGAGGGGGCAUACCCAUCUUCCCAGCGACUCACAGGCAUCGGGCAACACUGCACACGAACCAAAGACAGAAGGAAAGGUGACGCAAAGCAACAGUGGUGGUCAACAAUCAAUGAGCUCAGUCGACACCGGGGGAUAUGGUUCGUCUUCGCACUUUUGGCACCCGCCAUCAGGCAGUGCAGCAGAGCAAUGA